AUGACUGGCGGCUCUGCUCCUGGUGGGCUGCCGCCCCUGGGCCCGGGUGCUGGCUCUCCAAACGCCAACCAUCACCAGCAUCAUCCGCAUCACCAGUCCACGCCGGCGCGCGCUCGCUCUCCGCUGCGUCCCUCCUCCGGCUACUAUCCGCCCGCCGCCGAUGCCCAUGCUCGCGACACUAAGCCUCCCGGCAGCUUCUACGAUCCGCUUACCGAUACUACAAUGAAGGAGCGUAGAGUCUCGGAUUCUUGGCACAAGGCGCCUCCUUCGGCUUCACCCAAGAGUCGCGAAGGCUAUCCCUACAACCCGUCGCCCUCUGAUUCUAAUCAGCCCGGUUAUUACAACGGUCACUACGCGUCCCCCCGAGACUCGCGUCCAUCGCCGUCCUACAACCGACCUCGAAGUCCGCUGACGCAUUCGCAUCCCAACCUGCCUGCGGGCUCCCACAGCCCUCCUACCAGGCAAUCACACAUGACUUCGCCCACCCAUCACCAUGCUCCCGUCAGCUCGACCCCCAAUGGCUCGGCUACCUUGCUCAGCAAGCCGGAUCUAAGAGGCGUCUCGCCUCUCAGACCCGUUGCUCCAGCGCCCUUGAGUACACCUAGUCGCGCUGACCCAAUGUCGUUUUCCAACAUUCUCUCCAGCGCUGAGCCGGCCAAGCCUAAGUCGCCUCCACCAGCCAUCGCUCCAGCCCCUGCCACGGAACCUCGUGUAAAGGAGCAGAACGAUGAUACCGAGGCCGAAAAGGAUGUAGAGACUGAAACUGAGCCUGCCAGUGUCAAGGAUGCUGAUCCGCUUGUCGUCAAGAAAAAGGCAAGUCGUCGCUCGACAAAAGGUAGAGCCUCUGAUAUUCGCGAUGCCGCGGCCCCCAAGAGCCGUCGCUCUUCGUCGAGAAAAGAGUCUACUCCUCGUGGCGCCUCGAAACGCCAGGCCGAUGGACAACCCAAGCCCAAGACUUGGUCUCCCGAGAUGGAAAAGAAGAUUUCCAACUACGAGGAAAAGAUUGACAAUGCAACCGUCGAUCUCGACCCCAACGAGUUUGACGAGAUCGAGUACAAGCAGCGCGCCCAGAAGCGUCGCCGUCUCAUGGACGACAUUGACACCCGUCAGCAGCGUCUAAGACGUGAUGACUUUUCGGACAAGCAGAGCAAACGGCUCCUCGAGCACGCCGAGCUCGGCAAGAGACGUUACGACGACAUGUACUAUGAUACCGCUCUGCAAGAGGUUCGGAACCAAGAAGUGUUUGCCGAAAAGGAGCGCAAAAAAGACAUGCAGCGUAAGCGCCGUCGCGAAAAGUCCAUGGCCGUCACAAUGGAACUUAAGGAAGCUGCCCUUGCGCGCGCCGAGGCUGCCCAAGAUGAGGAGGAGCGCCAGAAGCAUCUCCGCGACGCCGAGCGCGCCAGCAAAAAGGCUCAGCAGACCAAGCUCAUCCUGCAAAAGGGCAUCAAGGGUCCUGCGCGCAACCUCGACAUAAGCUUGGAUGGCUCCAUGUCCAGUUUUGUCGCCUCCGACGCCGAGUCCGGCAAGAAAAAGCCUCGCGGUGGCUCCCGACCCAAGAAGUCCAAGGAACAGAAGCAGGCCGAAAAGGAUUCUGCCGCUGCUGCGCAAGCUGCCAUUGACGCCGGCGAAGAGCUUCCGGCCAAGGAAGAGGGCAAGGUCCGCAUCAAGAUCAAGGGCCGCUCCAAGAAGGACGGCGGCAAGGAAAAGGAAAAGGCCGAAGGCAAGGACAAGGCCGACGAGGUCCCCGAAGCCGAGAAGAAAUUCAUCUCGAAGGGCUACAACCAGAUUUACGACCAAAUCUGGCGCGACAUGGCCCGCAAGGAUGUCAACAAGACCUUCAAGCUUGCUGUCGACUCGUACGUCACCAAGAGCUCCAAUCUCAAAAAGACGGCCAUUCUCGCCUCCAAGGAAGCCAAGCGCUGGCAGCUCCGCACCAACAAGGGCACCAAGGACCUACAGGCUCGCGCCAAGCGUGUCAUGCGUGACAUGAUGGGCUUCUGGAAGCGCAACGAACGUGAAGAGCGUGACUUGCGCAAAGCCGCCGAGAAGCAGGAGCUUGAAAACGCUAGAAAGGAAGACGCAGAGAGAGAAUCAGCCCGUCAAAAGAGAAAACUCAACUUCCUCAUCUCCCAAACCGAAUUGUACUCUCACUUUAUCGGCAAGAAGAUCAAGACGGACGAGGUCGAGCGCAGCACGGAUAACCCCGAUAUCGCUCCUGUCAGUGGCGCCGUUUCUGAUAACAAGCUCAAAAUUGCCGAGCCUGCUGGCCCAUUGGGCGGCAAGGUUACCAACUUUGAGGACCUCGACUUUGACGCGGAAGACGAAUCGACUCUCCAGGCUGCCGCCAUGGCCAAUGCCCAGAAUGCCAUUGCCGAGGCCCAGCAAAAAGCCCGCGAGUUUAACCAGCAGGGUCUGGACAUGGAUGAAGAGGGUGAGAUGAACUUUCAGAACCCCACCGGUCUCGGCGAGGUCGAGAUUGAGCAGCCCAAGCUCCUCAACGCCCAGCUCAAAGAGUACCAGCUCAAGGGCCUCAAUUGGCUCGUCAACUUGUACGAACAGGGUAUCAACGGUAUUCUUGCCGACGAAAUGGGUCUCGGAAAGACGGUCCAGUCGAUUUCCGUCAUGGCCUACCUUGCCGAGAAGCACGACAUUUGGGGCCCCUUCCUGGUCGUCGCCCCGGCGUCCACCCUGCACAACUGGCAGCAAGAAAUUGUCAAGUUCGUACCCGAGUUCAAGAUUCUCCCCUACUGGGGCAGUGCUGCCGACCGAAAGGUCCUGCGGAAGUUUUGGGAUCGCAAACACUCGACGUAUCGCAAGGACGCUGCUUUCCACGUUUGCAUCACCUCGUACCAGCUGGUCGUGUCCGAUGUUGCCUACUUCCAAAAGAUGAGAUGGCAGUACAUGAUUCUUGACGAGGCCCAGGCCAUCAAGAGCUCGUCAAGUUCCCGUUGGAAGUCGCUGCUUGGCUUCCACUGCCGUAACCGUCUGCUGCUCACUGGUACCCCUAUCCAGAACAACAUGCAGGAAUUGUGGGCUCUGCUUCAUUUCAUCAUGCCUUCGCUCUUUGACUCUCACGACGAAUUCAGCGAGUGGUUCUCCAAGGAUAUCGAAUCCCACGCGCAGAGUAACACCAAGCUCAACGAGGACCAGCUCAAGCGUCUGCACAUGAUCCUGAAGCCCUUUAUGCUUCGUCGUGUCAAGAAGCACGUGCAAAAGGAACUUGGCGACAAGAUCGAACUCGAUGUUUUCUGCGAUCUCACCUAUCGCCAGCGCGCCAUUUAUGCCAACUUACGCAACCAGAUUAACAUUAUGGAUCUUGUCGAGAAGGCAACCAUGGGUGAUGACCAGGAUUCCGGUACGCUGAUGAACUUGGUCAUGCAGUUCAGAAAGGUUUGCAAUCAUCCUGACCUUUUUGAGCGUGCCGAUGUCACCUCGCCCUACUCCUUUGGCUACUUUGCCGAGACUGCUUCGUUUAUUCGUGAAGGCAGCCUGAUUACUGUCGGCUACUCAGCGCGCAGCUUGAUCGAUUACAACCUGCCCUCGUUGGUGUGGAAUGAAGGUGGUCGAAUCUACAAGGCCGGCAACGACAACCAAAAGGCUGGCUGGAGAAACAAGGCUCUCAACCACAUGAUGAACAUUUGGACACCGGAGAACAUCAAGCAGAACACCGACGAGAACAAGGCCUUCUCCUGGCUACGCUUUGCAGACGCCAGCCCCGGCGACGUCUACAAGACCAUGCACACCGGGGUCUUUGACCGUGCUGCCAACGAGCUCAACAAAGGCAACCGACUGAGCCAGUUUGCCAUUGCUUACGACGAUGAAAACGAGACUUUUACGCCUGCCCACGCCCUGUUCAAGAUCACAGAGCGCAACAAUCGCAAGCCUCUGGCGGACAUUACCAAGGACGGCAUUCUGUCGCGCCUAAUGAAUGUCUCUGGCCAGGCUUACGAGGACAGCGGCAUGAGCCGCCUGGAUCUUGCUGGAAGACCUCGCGUCUCCGCGCCCCCGAUGGUCGCCUCCUCCAGCAGUGUCGACUCUAGCAGAGAAGCCCACGAUGCCUUAUUCAAUGCUCAUAUCCGCAAGCGACUCUAUGGAACGACUCCCAACGAGGAGCUGGCUCUUGUCCGCAGCAAGGUGCCCUACAAGCUGUAUCCCCAGCCCAAGGUUCUGCCCGAGCCUGAUAAUGAGAAGAGGCGCUUCACUAACAUUGACGUUCCCUCCAUGCGCCGCUUCGUAACCGACAGUGGCAAGCUCGCCAAGCUUGAUGAGCUACUGUUCAAGCUCAAGGAAGGUGGCCACCGUGUUCUUCUGUACUUCCAGAUGACUCGCAUGAUUGACAUGAUGGAGGAGUAUCUGACCUACCGCAACUACAAGUACUGCCGUCUCGAUGGUUCUACUAAGCUUGAGGACAGACGUGACACUGUCGCUGAUUUCCAGACGCGCCCCGAAAUCUUCAUCUUCCUGCUGUCGACCCGUGCCGGUGGUCUCGGUAUCAACCUGACGUCUGCCGAUACUGUCAUCUUUUACGACUCUGAUUGGAAUCCCACCAUUGAUUCGCAAGCCAUGGACAGAGCCCAUCGUCUGGGUCAGACGAGACAGGUCACUGUGUAUCGUCUCAUUACCCGCGGCACCAUUGAGGAGCGUAUCCGCAAGCGUGCCAUGCAAAAGGAAGAGGUGCAGCGUGUCGUCAUCCAGGGUGGCGGUGCCAGUGUCGAUUUCUCCGGCCGUCGCGCUCCUGAGAACCGCAACCGCGACAUUGCUAUGUGGCUGGCGGAUGACGAGCAGGCGGAGAUGAUUGAGCGCCGUGAAAAGGAGCUCCUCGAGUCGGGUGAACUCGACACGAAGAAGAAGAAAGGCGGACGCAAGAAGAAGGCCGAGGCGCCUGCCAGUCUCGAUGACAUGUAUCACGAGGGCGAGGGUCACUUUGACGACGGUAGCCGUGCUGGUGCUUCUGGGACUGCCACCCCAGCGGAGAGCGAGCCUAAGAAGCGAGGCAGAAAGCCGGGCGGCAAAAAAGCCAAGACGGCCAAGCAAAGGUUAGCCAUGGCCGACGGCAUGGUUGACGGGUAA